UUAUAUUUUAUUAUAAAUCCGAAAGAACAGCUAAUUAUGAUUGGUAUCGCGAAUUCUUUUGCACUUUUCAUUUAGGCUUUGCCAAGAAUUUGUAGCGAUUUGACGGGCUUUUUAAAAUCUGCAGAAGCAAAAAACUUUAAAGUGUUUUUUAACAUUAUAAAGAGUCAAUUUUUUAAAACAUUAAAAAGAAACUCACAAUAAAUUUCUUAUAAAAGUGAUCAACAUUAUAACGCUUUUUAAAAUGCUCAAGAGGAAAGAAGAAAGAGAGUUUUCAUCAGAAUUCAGUAUCGAAAAUCUGCUCAAAAAGCCAAAAGGCUGCAUUAAAAGUAUAUCUAACUUUGACGGAAACUGUUACCCAAAUGUAUUUUUUCACAAAAAAAAAUUAGAGACAAGCAUUAAGUGCAGUGAAACAUCAGGAAAAAUAAAGGACAAUAAAUUAUCAGAAAAAAUAAACGGCUCAGUAAACGAGUUUUCUAGAGAACAAAAGAUUAGUCACCACAAACCAUUCGGUUCAUCACCAAAAGCAUUAGCGGGACUGUUGGUCGAAAGCGAGUUCAAAGAAAAUACUUCUUUAAAAAUUUUGUUUAGUGAACGGCCUAUUGAAACUAAAAUGGAACUUUAUGAAGAAUUUUACAAAAGAACAACCUAUCCUCCUUUAAAUAUACUUCAAAACCAAAGUGAUUGUGUUCGAUCAGCGUUUAGUGUACCGUUGUGGAACGAUCACUUGUCUUUAAAAAGUUCGUCAUUACGUUAUCCGUGCUCACAUCGAAAACAAGACUUUUUAUAUCCAAAUAACGACGAUUCUAAAAAGUGUGUUCAGGUGCGAUUUUCUCAUAGUCAAUCCACAGAGCUUGAACGAGUGUUUUUAGUUCAAAAAUACAUUUCUCCAUACGAACGAAAACAAAUUUCACGCUCGCUUGAUCUCUCUGAGCGACAAAUUAAAACAUGGUUUCAAAACAGACGUGCAAAAUGGAGACGCUUAAAAGCUGAAGAUGAAUUAAAGAUAAGAGUGGCCACAAAAAUAAACUCAUAUUGAUAUUUUGUGUUGUUAAACUUUCACCUGUAUAAAUUGCAAAUAAACUUUUAAAUUAAUGGUAAAUAACUAUGUAUUUUAAAAAUAUGUAAGUAUAUGUAA